GCAAGAGCAAAAAUUAAAGAAAAUAAUGCAUGACUUGACAAAGUAUCGUAUAGCCACAUGCUGAGCUUGAUAUUGACCCUUCGUUCUUACGAAGAGUUUUCCUUCUCCUUUUCUGUUCUACCCUUUCUCCCCACCCUUUUAUAAUUCCACUACUACAGUCUCGGUCUCUUUCACUUUCUCUCUCUCUUCCCAGUUUCUAUUUCGGCACGAGAAACAAGAUCAAUAUUGUUAAAGAUCAUCAUUAUUAACAAGAAAAACAAAAAUCUAAGUCAGAUACAGCAAAAAAAAAAAAAAAAAGAUCCAAAUUUUAUCAUGGGAAUACAACUUCAAUAUUCCCUCUCUCUUAAUAACCUCCUCCUUGUUUCGCCAUCUACACCCAAAGCUCUAAUCAAUAAUAACCUAUGGUAUCGGCAUCGACACCAGCAACAACAAGUGUUGUCUGGUGCUGGUGUUGGUGCAAAUUAUUCAUCAGUAAAUGGAGGAGUUGUUUUAGGGGUGAAGUAUUAUGAUCCUUUAGUUUCAAAAAACAAGAAAAGAACGAGUUUAAAAGUGGUAGCUUCUUCUUCUGCGUCUUCGAGUAACGUGGGUGCACCUACUAGUUGGGACACUUGGUCACCUGACAAAGCUACUCCUUCUCCUUGUCUUAGUGAUGUACUAUGGCCUUCUAUUGGUGCAUUUGCGGCUAUGGCAAUGUUGGGAAAAGUGGACCAGUUGUUAGCACCAAAAGGAUUGUCGAUGACGAUAGCGCCAUUAGGGGCUGUUUGUGCUGUGUUGUUCAUUUCCCCCAAAUCUCCAGCUGCUCGGAAAUACAACAUGUUCAUGGCUCAGAUUGGGUGUGCAGCAAUAGGAGUAUUAGCAUUUACACUCUUGGGGCCAGGUUGGCUUGCAAGGGGUGCUGCCCUAGCUGCAUCCUUCGCCUUCAUGACAUACACCAGAUCCGUGCACCCUCCUGCUGCAAGUUUACCAUUGCUGUUUAUUGAUGGAGCGAAACUUCAUGGUUUAAAUUACUGGUAUGCGUUGUUUCCUGGUGCGGCUGGAUGCAUGAUUCUAUGUCUUCUCCAAGAGAUCAUUUACUACUUGAAGGAGAAUUACAAGUUUUAAAUUACAAUUGGAAAGACAAUUUUUUGUUAAAUGAGUAGAUGCCUCAGAAAAAAAGAUUUUGAGGAGGGUAUUUCAUUAUUUUUGACGUAGUCCUAAGGUGUCGAACGAAGGACACCAGUUUGAAUACUGGUGUAAGAAUGCAAAUAUGGAGCUUCCUUACAAAAUGUACAGGAAAUUGAUUCAAGAUGUCGAUGUAAAUCUGUAAUGAGUUAAGCACUAUUAUUCUUUGUACAAAAUAAACAUACUUAUCAAUUUUGUUCUAAUAAGUUUAUAAUCAUAUUAUAUAAAGAGAAAGCUCGAUGAU